AUGGCCAAAGCUGGAGAUAUUUUACCCAAUGAUAUUUUCUCGGUACAUGAUCACACUAUUUCUGCACUAUUUCGACGCAAUGGCCCACCUAAUAUGGUUCGAUUGACGCGCGCCUCCUACCAGAUAAUGAUGAUGCUUGGAUUCAUCAAUCCACCUCUCCUUCCUCUAUCCUGGUUGGUGAACCGAUACAUUCGUGCUCUUCAUUUGCCUCUUUGUGUUCUACUUGCCUGCCAUGAAUUGAUGCGCCUGCUCGAUCGACGUUUGGUUGGCCAUCUGUCAUCACUUCUGCCUUCUGAUGGGGUUGAAAAUUUCUCAAACGUCUUGUCCAAACUAUUUUCUUUGACACCUUGGUUGCGGUAUCUUCGUGGUGAGGUCUUUGCGAUGGCAAUUAUUCUGGUCGCCUUGAGAUGGAUUUUCAAGCUAGACGAUCACUAUGAGUAUCGUCUGCACUCCGUUGCUCAGCACUUUCAUGCCAAUCCGGAUUGCCUAGAUCGACUUUUAAAGUAUGGUCAUUUACUACCCAAACGAUUAUCAAUUGAGUUAUCUGCCACGCCAUCGUCUUUUCCUCAGCCUUCUCCCUUUCUUUGGGUUCGCUGGGUCGCCUGGAUGCAUUCUCGCUAUUCGGAUCGUCAACAUUAUGUUGCAGACGCUGGUUCUGAUACACUUUCUACAUCUUGUCGUUCCAAACUACCUAACCAAUCUGUUGAUAUGGAUGAAACUAUACAAUCUCUGGAAGAGUCAUUGUUGAAUACCACUGGGAUCAUGAACAAAAAGAUGGAUUCUCUGCGAGUCGAUCUAAAAAGGAAGAUAAGUGCACCCAUUAACUCGGCUAGGUCAAGCGAGGAUAUAUGUUCUCUUCAAACAGCCUCUGAAUUCCUUGGCGAUGCCGAGUUUCAGUUGGAUCGAGGUGAUGUUGGCUACAGUGAACGUGACAUCCGAUUUCGAAUUGUUUACGACGUAGGUUGGCAGAUAAGUGACAGUUUAGACAUGGGCAUUUGA